AGGCGGCUUUCCUCCUGUUGGCACCAGAAUCUUCACACGAAAGCUCCAACCCGCUGCCCGAAUCUCUCCAACUUUGCUGCCACGAUGGUGCGAGAAAUCAACACAAAGGCCGAGUUUGAUGCCCUCCUGGCUGAGAGUAAUGACAAGCUGGUGGUGGUGGACUUCUGGGCCCAGUGGUGUGCACCCUGUAGGACGAUGGCGCCUGUGUUUGAGGAACUGGCCAAUGGGAACCCUGAUGUCAUCUUUGCUAAGGUGAACGUCAGUGUGAAUAUGGAGACUGCUCAAGCCUCCGACAUCAGGAGCAUCCCUGCAUUUCACUUCUACAAGAACGGAGAAAAGGUUGACUCGGUCCAAGGAUCCGUCCCUAAAUCAGAAUUGGAGACACUUGUGGCCAACAAUAAGUAAUGGCUCACCCAAGAUUUUGCCCAGAAAUAUCAGAAUUUUGCGGGGCUAACUAAUACUUUUGGUCAUCAUGGUUCAGGUGCAGGCAUAGUAGAAUAACAUUUGAUUAGAACAGUUGUGCUUAGAAAUGUAUGUAGUGAGCCGCAUUCUCUGUGGAUAUGAGACAAUAAAUUCACAGAACUCAUGCCAAUAAGAGCCUUCUUUACGUAUCAUUUGCAUUGUAAUGAGAAAAUACUACCUGGCUUGUUGUCAAGGACCUCAAGAUUUGAAAGCUUCUUUGAAAUCCUGUUUAAUUUGCAGUUAACUGCCUACUUUAUACCAUGGCCAUAGUCCUUGGUUUUGUACAAUAACUGAUCAAUUGCAACUUGUGACAACCUGCAUUAUACGUUGAUAUUUGGCGUCUCCCCUAAGACAGAGUAGAUACUAGACAGACUAAUAUGAAUUUCCUGUGCAGAUGCGGAUAUCUCAUAACCCUCACACACAUAUAUAUAGAGCAUAGAAGUGUCAAAAGGAUCUUUUUAGGUGCGUUUGUAACAUGAUUGAAUUGCUAAGGGUUCGGAUGUACGUCUACUUGGUGUCGGUAAAACAAUGGAAAUCUGAACUUGGGCUCACGACAUGUAGGUAAAGCGAUUUAUCUUUACCUUGGAUCUUUACCUUGAACCAUAGCCAGUAGGUACCCUUCUUCUGGGUAAUGUCAGGCUUUUUAAAAAUUUUUGUCGGUGAAUAAUCAGCUAUAUUAAUACUAUACGUUAACUGAUAGGUAAAGACUACUAAAGUCAAUAAUUGGAAGCAAAAAGAAGACGCAAAGCGCGAUUUAUAUCAAAACUUUAAUUUCCACUGUAAUUUCUUGAAAACAUGAAUUGUCAUAUGAAAGCCCCAAUAGUACUUACAUAUAAUACAUAUUUUACAGCGCAUAUCAAACUCCUGUUCUCUUUCUUAUGUACAUUGCACCGUGGUCUUCGCAAAAGUAAAAGAGAAAGACUCAUAGCUCGUACCGCUUACCACAGAUAAUUUCAAAUGAGAUCAGUCCACCCCGUGGUGUAUACUAACCAACGUGCACGUAUCAUUCAAACCAGACCGCUCUAGAAUAAAAUCGUCUCCACCCCAGCAAACAGAAA